CUUCCCUUCCUACUACGAUUGCAUUGUAAACAGCAGCAGCCACCAGCAACUACCAUGGACAUUGCCAUCCAGCACCCCUGGUUCAGAAGAGCACUUGGAUCCUUCUAUCCAAGCCGACUCUUUGAUCAGUUUUUUGGAGAGGGCUUCUUUGACUACGACCCUUUUCCUUUCGCCACCUCGACCAUCAGCCCUUACUACAGACAGUCCCUCGCUCGCAAUUACCUGGAAUCAAUCAACUCUGGAAUCUCUGAGGUGCGAUCUGACAGGGAUAAGUUCACAAUUUACCUGGAUGUGAAACAUUUCUCACCUGAGGAACUCAGUGUGAAGAUUGUGGAUGAUUAUGUAGAAAUCCAAGGCAAACAUGGAGAAAGACAGGAUGACCAUGGUUAUAUUUCCCGUGAGUUCCAUCGCCGCUACCGCCUGCCCUCAAAUGUAGACCAGUCAGUCAUUACCUGCUCGUUGUCUUCUGAUGGGCUUCUGACCUUCUGUGGGCCCAAAAUUCAGAUGGGCACAGACUACAACCACAGAGACCGCAACAUCCCUGUCACCUGUGAGGAGAAGCCCACCUCUGCUGCUUCCUCUUAGGCAGAUCCUGGAAAAGGCGCAAACGGGGGUGGGAGGGUUGCGAGAGUAGAAUCUAACACCACUAAAAUAUCUUGGCAAUCAGGUUCUUCUUCCUUUUUCUCCAAACCAGAGAGCCAUUUCAUAGAUAUCAGUCCAUAUAGGAUUUUCUUUUCUCUUUUUUUAAAAGUUAUUAUUAAAAGGAUCAAGGGAGAUUUAGCAGGAGCUUAGGGUGAGAGAAAGAUCUGCGAGAAAGAAACCUGCCUGUAACCUGUUCAUCUUAGAUGUUCCAACCAAUACAUGGGGCAAAAUGUGUUAAAUCUUGGGGAAAAACUAGUUUGGCCCUAUAAGGGAGAUUCCACUUCUCCAUUUUAAAUUCCACUUAAGUGAAAAGUUGGUCAAUUUUAUACAGACUUAUCAAUAACUGCAAGUUUUCAAGCAAAAAUACAAUUGAAUGUAGAAAAAAAUUUUGAAUUGGUAAAUCAAUUCGUACUGUAUGUGCUUACAGUCCCAUAUGAAAAAUCAAAGGAGGGCUAUGGGAGGGAAGCAAGUUAAAUGUACACUGAUGUCGAUAUGAGGAUUUUCAUGGUCAGAGAGAUUCCACAUUUGGGACACUUUCCUACAAAGCCAUCCACCCACACGGCUUUCCACUCCUGAUCCUUUUGUAAUCUCAUCUUUCUUUUGCUUUUCUGUAAGUAGUUUUGCCUGUUAAAACUGAUAUCUGGCACAUCAUUUAAAAUCUAAUAAAGCUGUAAAAUUUA